AAAAAAAAGUUCUAGCCUAACUUCAUACUUUCUCAGUUAUGGCUUCCUUUUCUCUAUUUUCAUUCACUCUCCUGCUUCUCCUCCUCCUUCCUCUCCAUUCUCAUGCAACUUCACAAAAUUCCCAUGAAAAGAAAUUGUCACCCUUUGAGUUUCUCAAACACCUUCAGGGAUGUCAUAAGGGAGACAAGGUCAAAGGUAUCCAUAACCUCAAAGCCUACCUUGAAAAUUUUGGUUACUUGAGCUAUAGCCAGUCCAAAAAUCAAACUCAUACCAAUGGUGAUGAUUUCGAUGAAUUCUUGGAAUCCGCCAUUAAAACUUACCAACUAAACUACCAUCUCAACGCCACUGGGACUAUGGAUGCCAAAACAGUAUCAUCAAUGAUGAUGCCUCGUUGUGGGGUGGCAGAUAUCGCCAACGGGACGAAUUGGAUGCACUCAAGCAAGAGGAAACAUCACCACCACCAUGGUUCUUUUCGGACCGUCUCUCACUAUUCUUUCUUCCAAGGAAAUCCCAAGUGGCCAGCUUCUAAGUACCACCUCACCUAUGGAUUUCUCCCUAGCACCCCUGUUGAAGCCAUGAACCCCGUUGCACAAGCUUUCCAAACAUGGACUGCCAACACACACUUCACUUUCUCGCGAACUCAAGAUUACACAAAUGCAGAUCUCAAAAUUAGUUUCCAUAAGGGGGAUCACGGAGACGGCUAUCCUUUCAAUGGAGCUGGUGGGAGCAUCGCCCAUGCUUUCUCACCAACUGAUGGGAGAUUCCAUUAUGAUGCAGAUGAACAAUGGAGUGUCGAAGCAACUCCAGGUGUUGUUAGCUACGAGACGGUUGCCUUGCAUGAAAUUGGGCACCUUCUUGGGCUUGAGCAUAGCUCAAUUGAAGGGGCCAUCAUGUGGCCUAAAGUACGUUCAGGAGUGAUCCAAGGUUUGCAUAAGGAUGAUAUUGACGGCAUUAAAGCCUUAUAUAAUUUUUGAAAGUGCAAGGAUUUGAAAUCUUCAAUUUUAGUGGUUGGAGAGAAUAAGACAUUUGUCAUGUACUAUUAAAUUAAAGUGCAAUGCAUGCACGACACUAGGAUUAUUGGGCCAUAUAUUAUGAAAAAGGGACUGAGAUUGGGUGCAAGAGACAAAAUAAAGUUUUUACGUACUCACAGGAGAAAUUAACGGUUGUUUAUAUUUUUCUUCAUGUUGUAAUAGUAAUUCUUCAUUUUUUU